AUGGCAAGUCAACUUCCGGUCUCUGUCCUGAGCAGAGCCCUGCGCACUCGAGAACUUCGUCCGCAGCUUGCGUUUGCUACCGCUAAAUGCCUCGCACGAAGAGCCCUUUCACCACAAGUUCAGCGAUCCUUCUCUUUGGAAACGUCUGCCAACGAAUCUAUACCAUUCGAACAUGACCCCGAGAACGAGACCGAGACCGAGCCUUCACCUCAUUCGCAGCCGGCCCCAUCGCCUCGCGGUCGAGACAAUGCCGACGAAAACCUGGGGAAGGGCGACCACAAGCCCAAAUCAAAGGAACAGACGAUCAUGGAUAUUGCCUCUGCGACGAUAACCACUGGGUCCAACUUCACAAACAAGUCAAUCGCGAUGGAGUUGAAAUGGGUAGCCGACCCCAGAGAUCUGGUAGAUCGAGUCGGGCGUCUCCUGAAGGCAGACAAUCUGGCACAAGCUGCCGCUCUGACUCGAGAGGCACAGCGCAGAAAAAUGAAAUGCGACGGAGCGUGGAACCACUUAAUGCGAUAUGCCAUGGAAAAGCACCAGCCAGAUGCUGCGUUCAAGUUCUACAAUGAUAUGAAAAAACGCGGCCAAAUGCCAACCGCCAAAACGUAUACAAUUAUGCUCCAGGGCUUCGCCAAUCAGCCGCAAUCUUCCCAUCCUGCCAAAUCGGGCAAGACCCAAUCUCACCAGCUUGUACGACAGGCCGAAUCUAUAUAUCGAUCGAUCUUUUCGAAGCAGUCACAGACCAAACCCAACGUCAUCCAUUCAAAUGCCAUGCUUGGAGUAUGCCAGCGCCAUGGCGAUAUGGACUCUCUCUGGCGGAUUGCCGGGGAAAUGCCAGACGAAGGGAACGAAAGGCCAGACGAGAGAACAUAUAGUAUCAUUCUAGCUGCCCUCCAGCACUCUGCCCGGAGCGACAUCCAAAAAAUGGACGCCAGUCAGAUCGAUGAAAUCAUUGCGCGCCAAGACAAGAUGAUCACUGAAGGCAAGAGAAUAUGGGCUGACGUUGUCUUUCAAUGGAGAGAGAAUGGUCUGGAAUUCAAUAACCAGCUUGUGAAUUCGAUGGCCUACCUCCUUCUUGAUGGUGUUCACGACAGCAAUUUCUACGAUAUCUUCGCUCUGUACAACCAAACAAUGGGAAUUCCUAUUCUUGUCAAGGAGCCGACAGCAAACAUCAAAGCCUCUCGCCGACGAGCUGAACUCAAACUUAUGACUGAAAACCGAGCCCAACAUCAUAUCUCGCAAAUGGAUGGGCCCUUCAGACAUGAGGAUGUCCCAUUUGUUGACGAAAACAAUAAACGCAUAAAUCCAGAUGCCGAGCGCAGCAAGAUUGAAGAAGAGACAUUGAUAGAGGAAGAAGAGAUGGAAGAGAAGGAAGAUUUCGACUCGCUUUUCGAGCCCGUCGUUCCCGAACCCGUCGCCACCGAACCUGUCGCUACCGAGGCCGAAAAAACACAACUUGUUAAGCCCGACAACAAGGAUCUCACCAUGAUUCUGACAGCCUGUUUCAAUAUGACUCAAGGAUCUGGCCAGGGCCCAGAAUAUUGGAAUUUCUUGACCAAAGGGCCAGAUACACUCCGCGUCCAGCCCGAUGAAGUCUCCACCAUGAUGUUUAUGCGUCUCCUUCGUCAAACACGAUCUAGCAAAAUUGCCGUGCAAACAAUUCGCGAGCAAUUGCUUCCCGCUCGUCUUGCAGGUGGGAAUGUUUUCCACGUUGCGCUCGCGACCUGCCGUCGUGACCGCCGCAACAAACACAUUCUCGCCCUCAUGAGUGAGCUUUUGGAUAUGUUGCGCAAAUCCUGGGUUCUUCCCGACCCCCGAGUCCUCGAAGGGUAUCAGAGCUUCAUCGAGACAUUGAGCGAGGAUCCACAAUCUCUCAUGGACAUGGACGGUCUGGGCGAAAUUCCCAAGAAUGCUACCUUGCAAGCAUUGGGCAAGCAUCUACUGACGAAUCUGCGUCUGCAAUCUCUGGCCACACUGCGCCCCCAUGUGAUCCAGCUUCAUGAGGCUAUCCAGAAAGGCAAGGUCGGCCGGAAGACCCGCUGGGAUUCUCUUAAAGAAAAAACCGGACACAAAAAACAAACUAAGAUAGACGGCUAUGUUUGUCUCGGUAUCUUGAAUGAAACACGCAGAGUGAUUGGCGAGACGCUCAAGUCUGAAUACUCGAGAUUCGUCCCCAAGGCCGAGCGGAAGAUCCUUCUUGCGGAAUCGAAAAUGCUGAAGACGUACUCUGACUUUGCUACCAUCGAGCGUGUACGGAACGGCUCGAUCCACCCGACUCUGGAGCAGCGGAUCGCUUUUGAUGAGCAGCAGAUGGAGCUUUUGCAGCACGAUAUGGAGUGGCUACCCAAAAGGAAGAAUAGGCUGCGGAAACGGGAUAGGUUUUUGGAGUCUUCUCAACAGCCUGAAGUUGUUGAAUCCGAGAUCAAGUCUGAAUUUCAGGCCAAUCCCGACACUGAGGCCAAGCCCGACACUGAGGCCAAGCCUGAUGUUGAGGCCAAGCCUGAUGUUGAGGCCAAGCCUGAUGUUGAGGCCAAGCCUGACGUUGAGACCAAGUCCGAUGAGACCAAGGUUUGA